ACAUUUAUUAAGGGAAAAAAAGUAGCGCCUACACUUUCGGCAAAUUUAUCAACACGACUUUACUGAGACUGCACGCAACUGUAGAGAGGACAAUAGGAGAAUCUAUUGCAUUAGCGCAUUGUACAUCCGGUGCAAUGGUCCAACGUACAACUUUCGGUGCAACGUACAACUCGCGUUUCCGGUUCACGAAACCACAACCUGAUGCGGAGCAGCUGAUUACAGAUAUCUACCCCCAGAUUAUUUUGAAUUAUUCAAUUUAUAUUAGAUCUUCUAUUCUCGCCCAAUUUCCCCAAUUCGCGUUUUCAUUCUGCUCGAUUGACUGUUUUGGAGUUCAAUUAUCAUGAGUUACCGGAGGGAUAACCGAUCCUCAAGGGCUGCACUCUUCGAUAACCUGGAUAGCCUUGAAGAGGGCGGUCUUAGGUCCUCUUCUUCUUAUUCAAGUGGUAUUGAUGAACAUGAGAACGAGAAGACUAUGGACAGUUUGCAUGACAGAGUCAGCUUUUUAAAAAGAUUGACAGGGGAUAUUCACGAGGAGGUGGAAAGUCACAACCGUAUGCUAGAUCGAACGGGAAACGAGAUGGACGCCUCUAGAGGAAUCAUGUCAGGAACAAUGGAUCGGUUUAAAAUGGUGUUUGAAAAGAAAUCAAAUAGGAGAAUCUGCAAACUUGCGACAUAUUUCGUGAUCGCUUUCUUUUUGUUCUACUAUACUGUUAGGAUUCUCUUGUAUUUCAUGUAUGGUUAAAGUGGGAUUGCAAGUAACUCCCGACAUAUUCCAAUUUUUUUUUUUUAAAUUUCUUUUUGACGAACGGCAACGAUUCUUAUAAAUUUCAUGUUUAAUUGUUCUUUUAUGUGGUGCAACUGUAACAAAGCUAUGCCAAUGUAGAGAUCUACACUGGUUAAAUUAAACUAACUACAUGUGAAGGGCAUUAACCAUGAUUUUCUAAACUAAGGUUUUCUCAUGUAGUAGAUAUUCUUCUUCUCUUUUCCGGUGUAAAUAGUUGUACGCGCGUGUGACUAUAUGUAGAUCUAUAGUGUAAAACUCGUCUGACUGACGCAGCAUUAAUUUUUUUUUCCUCUA